AUAAUUGACAAUUGACAUAUUGACAUUUCACAACAAGGUCGCCAAAAGUCGAAUUUAUUUAGAUGUUCGUGGGCGAACUGUUAAUUUAUUAUUAGUAUUUAUAUUGUCCUUUUUUAUUAUUGAAUGAAUUGAAUCCUUUCCAAUUGUUUAUUCGUUUUACAACAUGAAGAGCUUUUUAGCUUUUGGAAGAUGUCAUCUAUUAGUAAGAAGAAUGACUACAGGAUCAUCUUCUGCACCUAACCCUGGUGCAAGUGAGCAGUCGGGUAAUUUGACUAAUAGAUACAGACCAUCGGAGUUUCAGAAGACCAUCCUAGUUUGGACAAAAAAGUACAAGAAUAAGGAAGAAAUUCCGACUUUUGUAUCGGCUGAUUUAAUUGAGAGAUCUCGAAGUGAAGCCAGAAUAAAGAUAUCAAAUGUUCUUAUGGUUCUUACUGCCCUAGCUAGUUUAGGAGCAAUAUUGGCUGGGAAAGCAGCAGCAAAAAGAGGUGAAUCUGUUCAUAAAAUGAACCUCGACUGGCACAAACAAUAUGAAGAAGAGCAAAAAGCUAAGGAGGUAGCAAAGUGACCUACCAAAAUUUUAUAAAAGUAGACAUUGCUUGUAUAUUAUUAUAUAGGUGUAAAAUUGCUCUUUUAUGUAGAUUGUUCAUAGUUAAGGAAAUAUGAUGAGCAGAUGAGCAAGGUUGGAAUUAUGCAUUAUAUAAUAUUUUGAAAACUGUGAGCCAUUUAUAAACAUGAUGAAGUAAAUUUAGUACAUUUUAAUUGUUUGUAAUGUUAGUUUGUUAAUAAGUUAUUUUUACAAUAAACUGCAAAAUAUCAAAACACAGGCAAUCACAGCAAGGACUUUUCUAACCCAACCUGCUAAUGAUGUUAAUGGCUUUUAAAAGUUAAUUAUACAUCAGUGAUGCACAUUAUAUCAUCUUAACUACACUGUAAGAAGAAUAUUUAAAUAGAAUUUUGCAAACAAG